GGGGUCUGUAGCCUCACCACAACCAUAACACUGCUACACACAGGUCCUUCUGGGUUCACGUGAGGCUUGCAUGCGUACAGAGAGCGAAAGCAAUGGCCUCCGCUGGUCUCCAGAUUCUGGGCAUUGUCCUGGCUCUUAUCGGUUGGCUAGGGGACAUUGUCAUCUGUGCGCUCCCCAUGUGGAAGGUGACUGCUUUCAUAGGCAACAACAUUGUGACAGCGCAGAUGUUCUGGGUAGGCCUGUGGAUGAACUGCGUGACACAGAGCACGGGCCAGAUGCAGUGUAAAGUCUACGAUUCCAUGCUAGCGCUCCCUCAGGACCUCCAGGCCGCCAGAUCUCUGGUGAUCAUCUCCAUCCUCGUGGCCCUGAUCGGCAUCCUGCUCUCCGUGGCAGGCGGGAAGUGCACCAACUGCAUCGAGGACGAGGAGGCCAAGUCCAAGGUGGCCAUUGCAUCCGGCGUGUUUUUCCUGGUCUCUGGCGUCCUCUGCCUGAUCCCCGUGUCCUGGUCAUCCAACACCAUUAUCAGGGACUUCUACAACCCGCUGCUCACCGACCCGCAGAGGAAAGAGCUGGGAGCUUCACUGUUCAUAGGAUGGGGCUCUGCUGGCCUAAUGCUCAUCGGAGGUGCAUUUCUCUGCUGCCAGUCUCCCCAGCGUGAGGAGAGUGUGUACUCUGCCAAAUAUUCUGCCCCUCGCUUCACUGCCAGUGGAAGGGCCCAUGUCUGACAGAUUAACACUUACAUUGAACCGUGUUUUAAUAUGGACAUUUCAUGCUUGUGUAGUCUGAACGCGGGUAAAUCUGUUUCUCAACACUUGACAAGGAUGAUUUGAUAUUUUAGCUUAACAGCUUCAUUGCUUUAAUAAAUUAUAUUUUAAUGCUUAUCAUUUGUUCUUGAAUUGUAACAUUUGAAGAAUUUAGGCUAGGUCUCAUGGUAUAGUUAACUUGCGUGUCCCCCCCCAGAACCACACCGGCGACAACUUUUCUGCAUAACUUCUGGAUCUUUACUCAAUGAGCACAGUGCUUAAAAGUAACUGCAAGAAACUCAUACAGACAAAAUAUACUUGUGCCCAUUAGUAAAAGUGAAUAAAUAGUUUGCAGUCUAAUGUAAAAAA